AUGUCAUUACCAGGACAUUCAACAAACAAUAUGCAAGUUGUUGAAGCUGACGUAUCAAGCAGCAGUGAACAGAAGGAGGUUGCAGAUCAUGUGGCCAGUGGCAGUCAACCAGUAAUCAUAGAAGAUGAUAUUGCUGAUAACUUACAGGUUACUGCGCCAGAAGAAAAUGGGCAAACUGCAAAUUCAAACAUUCUGUAUCCUGUUGCUAUCAAGCGUAAAGGGCGUCCAGCAAAAAGGAAACAACUGUUUCAACAUCGCAAACUUACAUUUGAAAAAUUGCGUCCGUCUGCGCAGGAUCAACUCAGACUCUCAUGCGUUUCAUCUGAAGUAACAGCCAAACACUGUGUUCAGACGAAUUGCAUAGCAUCAAUUAACGACGUUAAAGAAAUAAUUGAUCCAAGAUGCACAGAUGACCGUGCUAAUAUGUCUACCUUGAAACGAUAUUUUUCCAAUGAAGCAUGGACAAAAUUAGAAAAUAAGAUGUGGUCAAUUGGACAAAAUUUGUAUGUUUGUGUUGUUUGUGGACAUCACUCUGGAAGAGACAAUCAAACUCGUACUUCGUGGGUGCAGUGUGAUGGCUGCAUAAACUAG